CCAAGCUCUCACUUAUUCCAAUCCUUAUAUUUCUCAUUCUAUUCCAACUCACCCAGGUCGACUGUUGCUUCCACAGACUGAGACUUACGCAACAUAUCCAAAAUGACGAACCAGAUCCGUACCCUUUCCCCCUCCACGAACAAGGUCAUCUUCGAGCACCCCGGUACCUCUCUCGAAGAAGCCCAGAAAAUCGUCCAAGCUUCCCAGAAUGCAUUGCUCACAUACAAGAAGACGACCCUCGCGCAACGGAAGGAGAUCGUCGUGAAGGCGCUGGAUCUCAUCGUUGCAGACAGAGACACCCUGGCCGCCGAACUGACGACGCAAAUGGGCCGCCCGAUCGCCUACACCGGCAAGGAGAUCGAUACCUUCCGCAAGCGCGCCGAAUACCUGCUCAACAUCGCCGAAGAGAGCCUGAAGAACCUCCCCGGCACCCCCGAGAGCGGAUUUCGGCGAUUCAUUAAGAAGGAACCCGUUGGUCCUGUUCUGAUCUCGACCGCCUGGAAUUACCCGUACCUCAUCACCGUCAACGCCCUCCUCCCCGCUCUGCUGAGCGGAAACACCGUCAUCCUCCGUCCCUCCCCACAGACGCCCAUCUUCGGCGAACGGCUGGCCUCCUAUUUUGUGCAGGCCGGUCUGCCCGACCACGUGCUACAGGUCAUUCACUGCGGCUCCGCCGACGUGCUCGACGAGAUCGCCCAACUCCCCCAGAUCAAGCUCAUCUCCUUCGUCGGCUCGACGCUGGGGGGCCUGCGCAUCCGCGAGGCCACCGCUCGCCGUCUGGUGCCGGUGAACCUCGAGCUGGGCGGCAACGACCCGGCGUACGUGCGGCCGGACGCCGACCUGGCCUCCGUGGCUGCCAACAUUGUGGAUGGUGCGGUGUUCAACUCCGGCCAGAGCUGCUGCGCCAUCGAGCGGGUGUACGUGCACGCGGACGUGCACGAUGCGUUUGUGGAGGAGGUGAAGAAGGAAUUGGCUGGCUACAAAGUCGGCGACCCCCAUGACCAGUCCACGACCACCGGCCCCGUUAUCUCCAGCCUUGCCGUCCAGAACAUCCAGUCGCACAUCGCGGAUGCGUUGUCCAAGGGUGCGGUGGACGUCACGCCGGCGAACCCCACCUUCCAGAACCUCCCCUCCGAGGGCAAUUACCUGGCGCCGACGGUGUUGAUCAACGCCACGCACGACAUGCAGGUCAUGAAGCACGAGACGUUCGGCCCGGUCCUCCCUAUCAUGAAGGUGUCUUCGGAUGAGGAAGCGGUCGACCUCAUGAAUGAUAGUGACUACGGUCUGACGGCGAGCAUCUGGACCAAAGACAUCAAGAGGGGCGAGGAGUUGAUUGAUGAUGUCGAGGCGGGCACGGUGUAUUUGAACCGUUGCGAUUAUCCUAGUCCGGAUCUCGCGUGGAUUGGGUGGAAGAAUUCGGGCCUGGGGUUCACGCUGGGUCCCAAGGCUUAUGAUGGGUUCUACAAGUUGAAGAGUUUUCAUAUUAAGGAGGAGUAGAGUUGAGGGGAAAGGACGAGGUGGGCGGAGUCGACGGCUAUCGAAUUCAUCAGCGUUUUUUAUGUCUAAAUUUCAACCCAUAAAUCGCAUAACAUACGCUCGUGUCCAAGAGGGGGAGAGGGGGGAAAGCAGGCCCAGAACGGCUUCCUCCUAGAUUUUCCAUUAGCGAUUAUCCAAUCUGAACAAACGCGCAUCAUGGUAUGUAGCAUGCCGAAAAGUCGAAGUACUCGACGCGCCUAUUGUGACCAGAUGGUAGCACUGAACCAAACUGUGGAGCUACUCUGAAAGCCAUGAAGUUCUCGCCAUCAUGAGUGCAAUGAUUGGUCAGGGCUCGAUUAGUACUAAGACACAGAAGAGUCUUCAAGAAUAAUACAGGGUCGAGGUUCGAGUACAUAUCCAAAAUACAAUGGAAGAUCAAUUUAGAAA